AUGCAUAGCGCUUGUAUUGUAAAUAUUUUGUUAAGUCGGGCUGAGAACAUGAGGACAGAUUUUAUAACAGGCAUUCUCUAUGCUGCUUUUUUGCAGAUGAUAAAGCUAACCCCAGGCGUUUGGUACUGGAAAGAUGAUACUAACACAAUUGAAUUUGAAAGCUCCAGUUCAGAAUCUAGUGAAGACCUCAAGAAAGGAAAAAAUAUUCAUUUUCAGGAAAUGGGAGGCCAGGCAUUGAACAGCAUCUUUCAAGAUGUAUGCACUGCAAUGUUCACUGGAAGAAGGCUGGCUGAGCAAGAGGGAAAAUCUCGUAGGCUGUUAAAGCGAGUGCGAGACGAAUAUGUGACCUUGGAUGAUGUCAAAUAUGCUGCUUUGUUUUUGGGACAGGAAAGUGAGGCACAUCGCAUGCUGUCCUUCACAACAGUUAUGAGGAAUAAGAACCUAGAUGCAUUCCUCAUGACACUGAUUUUAUACAUAUCUUUUUACCUGGAAAAAAUUGCCCUGGAAAAGACAACCAAAGCUCCAGUUUCGACUAUCGUUUUGCUAGAGGAGAAGGAAAUGGAUGAUGUCCUGGCGAAGUUAGAAGUGACCAGGAUUCACCUUGCUAAGCUGUACUGUAAUCUUAUCCUCGGAGAAGGCAUGGCAGAGCACCACCACAUGGCUUGUGGAAAAAAAACAUCAUCGUCACAGAAAGAUCGGCACUUCUUUGAGAGCUUCUACAGCUACUGCAGCUACGUGGCUUGGCUUGCCUUCAGGCGGAAGCACUUCCGAAUGAUCCAGGAAGAAAUCGGCAGGCUUCUUCGCUCUGCCAUGUUUAAUCCUACCUUAAGAGAGAAGAAAGAUGUUAACUUGCAGAAAGCGGGAGACCAGACAGCUGAUGCAAAGAAAGUGAGAUUUCCAUGUCACAGAAAACGACCCUCUAUAAAUCUUGUGGCCCAGCAGCGUUCACCGGUGCUCAGCACGCUGCUGCCCUUACCAAAGGACAGUGCUCAGCACCUCUUCCAGAAGCAACUCUACCGUCGGGGCAAAACCCCUCAGCCUUGCAAGAGGAAAGACUUGCCAGACUUCUCAGAAUUAUUCACUACCAAGGUGGGCAUUAUUGGAGCUCAUCGUAGUGAGUUAAAUCCCAUUAUGCUCAUGCCCAUCGGGAUGAUGGAAGAUGAAGAGGAUGACGAAGGAAUAAAAAAGAGUGGAUCCUCCAUCCCUUCAAAUGACCUGAGUUUGACAACUCUGAGAAGCCCUCAGAGCCGGCUUAGUAACCAGAGCAGUGUCAUCUCAAGAACAAUGACAGAAGCUGACUAUCAUCAGAGCGUCUAG